CAAAGGUAUAAAAGCUGGAGCAGCCCAGACCACAGUCAACAGUUUCCUCCGGUCAACCACAGAGCGAGCAAUCAGUCCUCACACAAUCUUUCAAAAAGCAAAAAAGAGACACUAUGAAUAACGCUGUUGCCAUUCUGCUGUGCGCCCUGCUGGGUCUGGCUUCCGCCGCCGACUACAAGCUACGCACCGCCGAGGAUCUCCAGAACGCGCGAAAGGAAUGCGCCGCCACCAGCAAGGUGACCGAGGCUCUGAUCGCCAAGUACAAGACCUUCGACUAUCCCGACGAUGACAUCACCCGCAACUACAUCAAGUGCAUCUUCGUCAAAUUCGACCUGUUCGAUGAGACCAAGGGCUUCAAGGUGGAGAACCUGGUGGCCCAACUGGGUCAGGGCAAGGAGGACAAGGCCGCGCUGAAGGCCGACAUCGAGAAGUGCGCCGACAAGAACGAGCAGAAGUCGCCCGCCAACUCCUGGGCCUUCCGAGGCUUCAAGUGUUUCCUGGGCAAGAACCUGCCACUCGUGCAGGCCGCCGUCCAAAAGAACUAGGAAUUCAGCGUAGUUUCACGCCAAUUUUGGAAGCGCAAGAACAAAACGUCAACAAAGCGGAAUUUUCGAGUUGAAACCCGCUCAGGUUCUGCAAUCCUACAAUUGAAAUAAAACCAUAUAAUAGUGCUUGAA